AACUCAGGUUCAGAAACAGUAACAACAGUGAAGGAGAAUCCCUGUCGGUUCCAAUUGCAUCUCUUACUUCGAUUAGAUCACUGUGUUUCAGCGUACACCUGAGAAAAACAUGAAUUCCGGUGGGUACACUGUAGAAGUUACGGGUCUCUCACCAAAAGCCACAGACAAGGAUGUCCGUGACUUCUUUGCUUUCUCUGGUGCCAUUGAGCAUGUUGAAAUUAUCAGGUCUGGUGAUUAUGCUUGUACUGCUUAUGUGACGUUCAAAGAUGCAUAUUCUCAAGAAACUGCAUGCUUGCUCAGUGGAGCCACAAUUUUAGACCAACCCAUUUGCAUAACACGCUGGGGGCAGUAUGAAGAUGAAUUUGAUUUUUGGAAUCAGCCAUCGAAUAGGCACAGGGAGGAGACUGCUUCAAAUACGCCACAAAGCAGUCAAUUCAUUUCCUCUGCUGGAGAAGCUGUAACUAUGUCUCAAGAAGUUGUUAAGACCAUGAUGGCUAAGGGAUAUGUUCUCAGUAAGGAUGCAUUAGCUAAGGCUAAAGACUUUGAUGAGUCUCAUCAGGUUUCUGCCACUGCAACGGCGAAGGUUUCUGAAUUGAGCCAGAGAAUUGGCCUGGCUGACAAGUUAUCUGCAGGUGUUGAAGCUGUUAAAUCCGUGGAUCAGAGAUAUAACGUUUCCGAAACAACAAAGGCAGCUGCAUCCACAGCAGGAAGAUCAGUAUCAACAGCUGCAAACUCUCUGGUAAAUAACAGCUAUUUCUCAAAGGGAGCCUUGUGGGUGUCAGGUGCUCUAAACCGUGCAGCUCAAGUUGCUUCUGAUUUGGGAACCCGUGGCAAUACACAGUAAGUCAUUGUAAUAACUCAAAUCCAUCUUGUAUGUAUUCUGCCUUCAGCUAAAUAGCUUUUUGUAACUUUAGUUGAUAAUCUGUAUUGUGAUUAUGAAUAAAUCUUUGGUAUGCCAACACAUGGUUGAACUAUGCAACCUUAGCUGUUUCUGCCACUGAAUUAUGAUCCUAGCUUUUCAGAACAUGUUGGUGAGAGGUAGCAUGGGACUGAAAAAUUUGAGAUUAAUGUGUAACAUGUGGACUCGAGUUGGGUUAUUUUUAUCUUUUUAACGAGCCUUUUUUCUU